GCCGGGCGGGUCGGGGCCGGCUGCAGUAGGCCCGGGAGCUGGCGGCCCGCAUGGAGCUCCUCUGUUACCUGUUGAUGCUUCUGCUCGGCGGGUUUCGGGCUGCGUCGGGCGAUAUUCACUCGCUGAGCUACAGCUUCACUGUGAUUUCCAAGUCUGGGCCUGGACAGCCUCGGUGUGAGGUGCGAGGCUCGGUGGAUAAGAAACCUUUCCUCUAUUAUGAAUGUGGGAGCUGCAAGGCUGAACCCUUGGGUCCCCUAGGGGAGAGGGUAAAUUCCACCGAAGUCUGGGCAGAAUUACCCGAAACUCUGAAUGAUGUGGAGCAAGAACUUAGGAGCACUCUGCAAGGCAUCAAACUGGAGCAAAACAAGACCAGGGGGGCACAUCCUCCCACCCUGGAGGCCCAGAUGUCCUGUCAGCACGAAGCAGACGAAUGCAGGGAGGCGUCCUGGCAGUUCAGCAUUGACGGACAGACGUUCCUCAUCUUUGACUCCAUCCAUACCAAGUGGACAGUGGUCCAUCCUGGAGCUGGGAUCGUCAAGGAGAAGUGGAAGAGUGACCAAGUGCUGGCACAGUAUCUCAGGAAGGUUUCAAAAGGAGACUGCAGUCACUGGCUAAGGGAAUUCUUGAAGUACUGGGAGAAAAUGCCAGAGCUGGCAGUGACACCAACCGUGACCUUGGAGAUCCCACAGCCUCCAGGAGUCCAGCUACUUUCAUGGCUCAUCCCAGUGAUUCUCUUCUGCGUAUUUCUCAUCUUCCUCACUGUGUUCAUUAAGUACUUGUGGUCAGGAUCGUGUGGAAGCUGUUCCAUCCCCGGCUGUGGCUUUUCAGAACCACAAGGAACACAGCACAUUUGACCAAGCCCUGAUGGCCACAGCUGACCCUGAGGACCCUCCUCAAGCAUCAGGGCAGCACCCGGACCCUAUGCCACUCAGACAGGGGCUUGUCAUCCUUUGAUGAGGAAUCAACAGUGUCCCAUAGUUUAAGGUCCUAUUCAGAAGAAGCUGGGAUAUGCCUAACUUGCACUUUGGGCAGUUCAUGCCCUCUUACUCUAGUGUACUGGCAUGCCAGUAUUUCUAAACUUUUAUCCAGAAUAUCUUUCAGUUAUGCUUGGGUCAAUUGCAUAUGCCUUUCUAACUUCAAUUCUUCUAAGCACAAGACUGCAGCAUCAGCCGUUAAGGCCUUUUCUGUAGCUGCAUGCACAGCCUCCAAGAAUGGCCCAGGCUACUGCUGCCAUUCUUUUUCCUCAGGAAACCCUACUAGUCCUGCAGCCUGUUGCAGGAAGGCUGUUAGUCCAGCCGGAGUGCUAUAAACAUUCCCCUACUCCCUCGGCAGAUUCCACUCAUCCAGGAGGGUGGGCACCCCUCCCCACAUAGACGUUGCAGGCCACCCGGGUAUCUCAUCUGGGGACUUCCCUUUCGCCAAGUUCAUGUCGUCAGUGCCUGGGAUUUCUUGAGUCUCUGGGCUGGCGGCUAUUAGAUCCUCCUGGCGGCUUUUGCAACUGAAGGACCAAAGAAAGCACUGAACACAUUCUGAAACAUUAGCUGUUAUUCAGGGCUUAUAAACAGGGUGUGAAGUCAACUGCUCUGCAUGGCAGCAGGUUCAGAGCCCAGUGUGGGCGUACUCCACCCUCUGUUGCAUUUUAAAUUAUUUCCUUUAGUUUAUAUUCAGUAUGUAAAUAAAGUUUCUUGCAUAUUUAAUAAAAUAGGAAUUUUCUUUAUUAGAGUGGUUGUAAGUUUACAGAAAAAUUUAUGCAGAAAGUACAGAGUUCCCAUGUACCACACACCCACAUGCAGUUUUCUGUUAACUAUGGUCCGUAAUAGAGUUUACUCUUUGUGUUGUACAGUGCUAUGAUUUUUUUAAAAAUUUUAUUGUGGCAACAUAUUACAGCAACUUUAAAUUUCCCAAUUUAACCACUGUCAAGUUAAACUUAGGGACAUUAAUUAAAUUCCCAGCGCUGUGCCUCCAUUGCCACCAUCCUUUACCAAAACAUUCCGUCAAUAUUUUCUGGUAGAAAGUCCAUGAAUUAUUAUGGUUUUAAUUUUUUAUUCUUUUUUUUUCCUUUCCUUUCCUGUUUUUUGUUUUUGUUCUUCAUUGUACCAGGUACUUCAAUGCAAUGUU